CCCCUUCAUAGGUCCCUCUCCUUACUACUAGUGCUGCAUUCCCUCUCCAGCCAGGAUUCCCAGCAGAACAUGGCACCAUCCCUCUGAUCUACCAUGAGACUAUUCCCCGGCAAAUGGCUCAGGAAGAAGAACACUUGGCUUUUCCUACUUUUCUGGCUGUGCUGCUGGCUCUUUGUCACCACUUUCCUCUUCGUACACCGGACUGUGUUCUCUGAUCGCUGCACCGAUGAGGAGAGUAGGAAGAUCCUGGCACGACUGUGUUAUGAUUACACUGAUGGAGCUGUGACUGGAGACCUAUGUGAAGACCUGUGUGUGACAAAGAAGUUGGUUUAUAAACAUUGUCUAUAUUACCACCGGGGAAAAAAGGUUAUACAUGCUGACUGGCAAGGCAAUUCAAUCAUUCUCAAGUCAAAAAAUGAUGCCUUUUCUGAAUUCCAGGCUCCUGUCUUAUCAAAUGGGCCAGAUCCUCAGAGUCCAUCAGACACUGAAUUGCUUGUGAUGGUAGCUUUGGAAAUUAAAAAUGCUCUGGGUUUGGACUUACCGAACAAUACUAUAAUGCCCAUUUGGGCUGAAAGGAAGAAGCAGCAGAACUGGAAAGUGGAGCUCGCCAGUAUGUGGUCUUUAUUUCAACAAGAAGAGUACCUGCUCUUUAACUUGUUACAAGACUUUAGCAGACAUGUCCUACAGGUCAUUGGAACCUGUGGCCACUUCUACGCAGUUGAAUUUCUGAGUGCUGGACACUCUUGGAAUCAAAAUAUCUUCUCCUUAGAAGAAGUGGUUGGUCAGUGCAAAACAGGUGAGGAAAAGAUGAACGCUCUCCUUGAUAUUGCCAUCAGUUUCUUACAUAUGGUCCAUCAGUUUGAUACCGAAUUUUCUCAUCGGCUCCAUCUUUGUGAUGUCAAACCGGAGAACUUUGCCAUUAGAAGUGAUCUUACUGUAGUUGCCAUUGAUAUGGAUAUGGCAUUUUUUGAGCCCAAAAUGCGUAACAUACUGGAACAAAAAUGUCAAUCUGAUAAGGACUGCAACUUCUUUGACUGUUUUUCAUCUUGUGAUUUAAAGACAUACAUGUGUGGAGCACAAAGAGAGAAUAACAAUCUGCAAGUUAUCUGUGACAAGAUAUUCCGUCGCUGGUUCAGUCUGAGCAUCAUGGAGUCUACUGGUCCUUAUCCCCUACAAGCUGAACUGCACAGAGUCGUGAAGCAAUGUGCUCAGUCUGCAAAUGAGGAGACAUUUUUUAUCCAGUUAUAUAAUUUACUGCGGUUAAGUCAAAAGGAGCUACAGAGAAGAAUUAUGUGA